CUGAGCGACGAAACAUCCCAUAGACUCCUCACUUCAUCUCUUCCUUCGACUCUCCCUGGCUCUGCCUCUCCCUACCAGAUUCCGUCAAUUCGUCGCCGGAGAAAGAAAUGCUCUGCUCUGUUCCCGCCGGGAAGUCCGGCUCGAACUGGCUGGACCGCCUCCGAUCCACCAAGGGCUUCCCGACGGGGCCCGAUCACGACCUCGACCACUUCCUCUCCGCUCCCCAGAGUCCUAAUCCCUCCAUCUCCGAGCCCACGCAGCCGGUCCAGCGCCGGGCGGCGGGCCCGCCUAUCUGCCCGGGUGAAGAUCCUCGGAAGGAAUGGUACGGCAUUAUGACGAACGUCCUGUCGGAGCUCUUUCACAUGGGCAAACCCGACCCGCUCCCCGCGAAAAAGAGCUCCCGGAAACAGGUGAACCCUAGAUUCUUCCCCAAUUCAGCGGGAGGCGUUGAUGAUUCCCCUCGGAAGGACGAGAAUGCCCUAUCGUUCAAUUCGGACAACAAUUUGGUGGAGAGGGCGGCGGCUUUGGGUUGCCCGGAUGAGGAAGAGGAGGAAGAGAAGGAGGAGCUGGUCGGGUACUCAAGGAGCGAGGUGACGGUGAUCGACACGAGCUGCUCAGGGUGGAAGUUCGAGAAGUUGCUGUACAGGAAGAAGAAUGUGUGGAAGGUUAGGGAUAGGAAAGGGAAAGGGAGGAGCGGACUUGGGAGGAAGAAGAGAAGAGCGAGUGGGAGUGGUGGCGAUGACAUAGUCCAUGGGAAGAAGAAACUGAAGCUCUCGGGUUCGUUGUUCCGUUCAUCGAAUGAAGGACAUGAUGCUACGCAGAGUCCCAAAAGGGAAGUUUGCAAGAAGAUUGCUGAUAAUCUCUGUCCAGGUCCUAAAAUGAGAUUCCCUAAUUCCGGAUCACCGAUAAAGCUGAGAAAUGGUAGCUCCUCGGUAGUCCUUAUUAAAGGCAUUCCGGCAGUCAAGAAAAAGAAGGCAAAUGUAUCGAAGAACCAUAUCAAGCAAUAGCACUAUGCCUUAGUAAAGCAGGGCAUUGAAUUCGGGUGAAGAAUUAUGAGGUGGAAGGAGCAAGGUGGGCUACCAUUGUUGAAGCAUGUGCCUGCAGCAUUCUCAACAAGGGCAAGUCGAGGAAAUGUAGUGGGAGAGAUUUGGAUGUUCAAUUUAUCAAAGUUGUUGUGAAUAUAUAUGAUCAUUGUUUUCACCCUAAUGUGUUUUCACUAUUGGGAUUGGAUUCUGCUUCUUUGAUGUUUGGGAGGAUGUUAUGGUUGACCCAAAAGAUUGGCUAUAUUGCUGGCAAAAAAUGGAGCACUGAGGGCGGCGCCAUUGAACUGAUGUAAUUUCUGAUAUUCAGUUCUACUACUACUACUACUACCCCUAUUUCGGAAUGUCA